UACAACAAGUAGUUUUUUCCUUAAAAAAAAAAUAGUAACUAUGAAGAUUCUUCAACGUGCUACCAUGUCCCCGGCCAUCUUCUUCUUCAGUCUCUACUGAACUUUCCUUUCAAUUUCAAAAUCUCAGCUCCGAUCGGAAUUUUUUAACAUUUUCCGGCCAUGUCGAUACAAAUUCAAAAACCACCAAAUGAGUCAUGGGACUGUAUGUUACCUGGCCCACCAUCCCGGAACAACGGUGGAUCCGCCGAUAUUUCUCCCGCCGGCCUAUUCGCUUACGCCUCCGGUAGCUCUGUAUCCGUCGUCGAAACUCAUUCUAUGCAACUCGUUACUACUAUCCCUCUUCCACCGCCGUCCUCUUCUACUACCUCUUUGUCCCCUUUCAUCACUUCCGUCAGGUGGUCCCCACAGCCUCUUCCGCAUGUAAUCGAUGUUCCUCAACAUCAUCUUCUUCUCGCCGUCGGUGAUCGUCAAGGAAGAAUUUGUUUACUUGAUUUUCGGUCUAAAUCUCCGACGAUUUUCUUUGAUACUGGUUCAGGUUCUAAAUUUGGGAUUCAGGAUCUAUGUUGGGUACAAACUGGACCGGAUUCAUGGAUCUUAGCUGCUCUAUGUGGACCUUCGUUGCUUUCUUUGUAUAAUACUUCUACGGGUCGGUGUUUCUUCAAAUACGACGCUGCGCCGGAGUAUUUCUCGUGUCUACGUCGUGAUCCGUUUGAUUCGCGGCAUUUUUGUGCCCUAGGACUUAAAGGAUUUUUACUUUCAGUGACUGCAUUGGGAGAUACAGAGAAUGAUGUGCUGCUUAAGGAGCUUCAAAUUCGUACGGACACUACUGAAUUGCAGAAACUAGAGAGGGAUUCAUCUACUGGAGGUAAUGGAGCUCCGGCGUCAGCUACAUUUCCGGCUUACAUUUCAAAAUUCGCGUUUUCACCACACUGGAGGCAUUUGAUCUUCGUGGCAUUUCCGAGGGAAUUGGUAGUGUUUGAUCUGCAGUAUGAGACGGCAUUGUUCUCGUCUGGGCUGCCCCGGGGCUGUGGGAAGUUUCUGGAGGUGUUACCUGACUCGAAUAUUGAAGUUUUGUACUGUGCUCAUCUUGAUGGAAAGCUCAGUACUUGGCGGCGGAAAGACGGAGAGCAAGUGCACACGAUGUGUGCGAUGGAAGAACUGAUGCCCUCAAUAGGCACGGCCGUUCCUUCCCCCUCAAUUCUUGCAGCUGUUAUCUCCCAUUCAGAUGCCGCCCUUCAAAGUAUUGGCAAGCUAUAUUCCGAUGCACAUCAUUCAGUCGAUGUGGACUUUGACAAUCCAUUUGAUUUUUGUGAUGAAUCCCUUGUUUUAUCUAAGACGCGUUUGAUCUCCAUUUCUGAUGAUGGGAAAGUAUGGAAAUGGCUCCUGACUGCUGAAGGAUCUGUAGAUAUUCAGAAGGAUAUGACAAAUCCAGAUAUUGUUGCAGAACCCUGUAAGUCUGUACCUUCAGAGAUUCCCAUGGGUCACAACUCUGAGAUCAGCACAGUUCCACUGUCAACUGAUGCAAAUAGAAGCAGGACCUGUCUGUCAAAAUCCACUACAAGCCUGGAAGAAGUGUCUUUCAAGAUUAGUCUAGUUGGGCAGCUUCAUCUUCUUUCUUCGGCAGUGACUAUGCUGGCUGUACCUUCCCCUUCUUUGACUGCUACUUUGGGACGUGGAGGAAACUCUCCAGCUGUCGCUGUUCCGCUUGUUGCUGUGGGAACUCAAAGUGGUACAAUAGAUGUGAUUGAUGUUUCUGCCAAUGCUGUCAGCGUUAGCUUUGCCGUCCAUAACAGUGUUGUCAGGGGAUUAAGGUGGCUUGGCAAUUCCCGACUGGUUUCUUUCUCUUACUCACAGGGUACAGAAAAAGCUGGUGGCUACAUCAAUAGGCUCGUUGUGACAUGUCUUCGAAGUGGACUUAAUCGACCAUUUCGAGUUCUGCAGAAACCAGAGCGAGCACCUAUUAGAGCUUUAAGGGCUUCAUCUUCUGGCAGGUACCUAUUGAUUUUGUUUCGUGAUGCACCAGUAGAAGUUUGGGCUAUGACUAAGACACCAAUCAUGCUUAGAUCACUAGCUCUCCCGUUCACUGUGCUAGAAUGGACUCUUCCAACAGUACCACGGCCAUUGCCUAAAGAUCGUCCUGCCGUACUGUCAACAGAGACAUCCUCCCCAACAAAAGAAGCAGUUGCAGCAGCAGAUGCUAAAGGAGCUGGGACAGAUGGAUCUCAAGAUGAGUUUUCGGAAAGUUUCUCUUUUGCACUAGUCAAUGGUGCACUUGGAGUUUUUGAGGUUCAUGGUCGAAGGAUCCGCGACUUUAGACCAAAGUGGCCUUCAUCUUCAUUUGUUUCAUCUGAGGGAUUGGUGACAGCAAUGGCCUAUCGUCUGCCUCAUGUGGUUAUGGGGGACAGGUCAGGAAAUAUACGCUGGUGGGAUGUUACUACUGGACAGUCGUCCUCAUUUAACACCCAUAGGGAAGGGAUCCGUAGAAUCAAAUUCUCACCAGUUGUUCCUGGAGAUCGUAGUCGUGGGCGUAUUGCCGUUCUGUUUUAUGAUAACACAUUCUCGGUAUUUGAUCUGGAUUCACCCGAUCCAUUAGCCAAUUCACUUUUACAACCUCAAUUUCCUGGAACUCUUGUAUUGGAGCUCGAUUGGUUGCCUUUGCGAUCAGAUAAGAAUGAUCCACUGGUGUUAUGUAUUGCUGGAGCUGAUAGCAGCUUUCGCCUGGUUGAAGUCAAUAUGAGCGACAAUAAAAUUGUCCAUGGUCCCCAAGCUCGACCAGUCAAAGAAAGAUUUCGACCAGUGCCUUUGUGUUCUCCCAUAUUACUACCCACACCACAUGCCCUGGCAUUACGUACAAUCUUACAGUUAGGUGUGAAGCCAUCAUGGUUUAAUACAUGGAGUACAAACACAGAUGACUCGAACCACCAAGUUCCUGGAACUCCAACUGCUGGAGAUCUUCGUAACCACAUGAUUGAGUCACCCCGCAUUGGUGAUUCUGUAGUGCCUGAGAUGCUUCUCAAAGUACUGGAGCCUUACCGUAGAGAAGGGUGCAUACUUAAUGAUGAGAUGGUUAGACUCUAUGCUGGUCUAGUGGAUAAAGGUUCUGCAGUAAGGUUUGCCUUUGCUGCUGCUAUAUUUGGGGAACCCAUGGAAGCUCUUUUCUGGCUGCAGUUACCGCGAGCUCUAAACUACUGGAUGAAAAGAUUGACUAACAAGUCUCCAACAAGAGUCCCGCAAUCAGCUUCCACGUCAGAACUUGAUGAAGUAUCUAUGUUAAAUAGGAUAUCAUCAAAGGGAAAGUCGGGGACCGAAAUGGGAAAAAAUAAUGCUUUGGGAAAUGGUCAACUUCAGCUGAUGGCCUUUGAACAAGAAGAGUUGUGGGGGUGUGCUAAUGAACAGAUUCCUUGGCAUGAAAAGCUGGAAGGAGAAGAGGCAAUUCAAAACCGUGUACAUGAAUUAGUAUCGAUUGGAAACCUAGAAGCUGCAGUUAGCUUACUGCUCUCCACGCCUCCAGAGAGCUCGUAUUUCUCUGCAAAUGCAUUGCGUGCUGUUGCCCUUUCUUCAGCUGUAUCGACGUCGUUACUUGAGCUGGCCGUGAAGGUUGUUGCUGCCAAUAUGGUGAGAACAGACCGGUCCUUGUCUGGAACACAUCUUCUUUGUGCUGUUGGCAGGCAUCAAGAGGCUUGUUCUCAGUUACAAGAUGCUGGAUGCUGGACUGAUGCUGCAACAUUAGCUGCAACACAUCUUAAAGGAACUGAUUAUGCAAGGGUUUUGCUGAGGUGGGCUCAGCAUGUUCUUAAUUCUGAACACAAUAUUUGGAGGGCACUUAUCUUGUAUGUUGCUGCUGGUGCACUGCCAGAGGCGUUAGCUUCUCUUCGUGGGGCACAACAACCAGACACAGCAGCCAUGUUUAUACUUGCUUGCCAGGAAAUCCAUAGUGAAUAUCUAUCUAGCUUGGAUGAUGAAUUAAGAUCUUCAGAUAAGUUGGUUAGCUUGCCAGGACUGAACCCAGAAAGUGAAGAUGUCCGUGCAGUUGGUGAAUACUAUGGACAAUUCCAGAGAAAAUUGGUCCAUCUUUGCAUGGACUCCCUACCUUUCUCCAACUGAGAAAACUUUGUCGGGAUUCCUUUUAUGUGUCUUAAGAUCUCUGUCUCAGCAAUCCGAGUCAUCAGAACAAGCUUCCCAUCCUUAACCAUACAUUUGACCUAAAACCUCGAGACAUUUAAGCGGUUGUCAUAAAAUCCCAAGAGCCUUGCCCGAACUACAGUUUGGCAUGAGUUCAGAUUGAAAAGACUUGGCCUGUCAAAGUCAUCCAAUAGACAAGUAAUCUGCAGUUCUUUGUGGGUCAACCAUGGCUGAAUUGAUGAUGCUUUCAAACUGGUUGCAGAUGUUCUUUUGACACAAUUUCAUACCACUGGGACGAUUUUUCUGUUCAAAAGUUUUGUGCCAUAAUACGCGUCCUUUGAAAGCUAGCCACGUUGCAAGAUCAAUUCUUUUGUAUUAGAAUGGAACUGCUGUAAAUUGAUUGAUUGAUUAUGUAACAGCAUUGAGUUCAUACAUUCAUUGACUCUCUUACGGGUGUCAAAUGGGCAAGUUAUGGACUGUAAUUUGGUCGAGUGAUCAAAUUUGUUUUAAAAAACAAGAUUUUUUCAAGUAUCAAAAUAUAAAUUUUGUAUGAACACCA